AUGGGCGAACAGGAGGAUUUUAUGGUGUUUUUCCAGCAGCUGGACAGACAUCUAACGAUUGGGCUCCCUGAGUUAGAGGGUAACGCAAGAGAACGCCUACUGAAACAGCAGUUUAUCCGAAGUCUGCCAGGUCCACUCCAUGAUCAGGUGAAAUUGGCGUCGAUGGUGGAAGACAGCAAAGCGUUGGAUCUGGUGACGGUCGCCCAGAAUUUGUCGGAACGAGUGACAGUGAGAAGCAUCCAGCAUGCUGAGUUGGAACAGAAAGUAAAUCGCCUAUCCGAAAUGGUGGAGCAGCUGUUGGCGAUAGAGUCUUCAAGCACCACUUCACAACGCAAUGUACGGGUAAUCCGGAACGGUCGCCGCUGUUUCCGAUGCAACCAGAGUGGUCAUGUGGCGAGAUUCUGCACCAACGUCAAUGUGCCCCAUUGUUUCCCUCUAUCCAUGCCGAGUCAGUGGCGAGUACCAGUCCUCCAGAACACCCUGGUUGAGAUACAGAAGCAGGUGACCGAGAUGGAAUCGAAAGGAAUCAUCAGGCGAACACACAGCCCGUAUUCAUCACCCGUGCUAUUGACGAAGAAGGCCGACGGAAUCUAUCGAUUUUGCAUCGAUUUUAGAGAACUAAACAGCGUGACGGUGAAGGAUGCAUUCCCGGUGCCUCAGAUGGAAGAAAUUUUCUCAAGCCUUCACAGUGCCAAGCAGAUAUCUCUGAUUGAUUUCCGCUCGGGAUAUGGGCAACUGCCGAUCGCAGAAGAAGAUCGCCACAAGACGGCUUUCAGUGUCAAUGGCCAGCAGUAUGAGUUUUUGAGAAUGCCGUUUGGAUUGUGCAACGCCCCAGCUACAUUCAGGCGUUUGUUGCUCAUGGUCCUGGGGAAUCUGCAAGGCGUGGUUGUUUAUGGUGAUGACAUCAUCGUCUUCUCUGAGACGGAACAGGAACAUGUGACCAGACUUGGAGCAGUACUGCAAAGACUGGACGAAGCUGGUCUGAAACUCAGUCGUAAAAAGUCGCAGAUUGCCCAAAAGUCAAUUUUCGCAGAGAAGGCCAGCCCGUUGUUAAAGCUGCUUCGCAAGGACGUGCCGUUCGUGUGGACAGCUGAAGCGGAUCAAGCCUUUGACCAUCUAAAGGCAUGCAUAGCAGAAGCCCUGACAUGUCUACGGCUACCCAAUCCUGGUGAGAUGUUCACUGUGGCUGUCGACGCAAGCAACGUGGCAAUCGGUGCGGUUUUGUCUCAACCGACUGGGGUGGUAGAGUACGCGAGCAGAGUGCUGACGGGGGCGGAACAGAAAUAUUCAACAACGGAGAAAGAAUGCUUGGCCAUCGUGUGGGCGUUAGAGAAGUGGAGAAAUUACUUAUUGGCGAGUGAAUUUCGGGUCGUCACUGACCACAAACCGCUCUCGUGGUUGAUGACAGCGAAAGACCCGCGGGGACGGCUUGCGCGAUGGGCCUACCGAUUGCAGGAAUUCAACUUCACCAUUGAGCACGUGGAUGGAGUGCAGAAUGUAUUGCCAGAUAUGUUGUCCCGCUCGUGUUUGGACGACAACAUGCCCGACGAUGCCAUACCGGCUGGCACCAAACCGGAGGCUACAUCGGAAGAGGUGGAGGAACUCCUCAAGAUCUGGGACAGGUUGAAGGUCGAAAACGAUAUGGUGGUGGUGGCGAUAGACGGACGGAAAGUGCCUUUUGUUCCACCAAAUAAGCGAGAACGUGUGAUGCGCAUAACUCAUGAUGGCGCCCAUAAGGGAUUCGAGCGGGUCUUUGAAUUGCUGCGGAGGCGAGUGUUUUGGCCAACCAUGAGGAAGGACGUCGCGGCAUACCUUCGGGAGUGCCCAAACUGUCAAACGAGUCGGAAGAUGGAGUCCCCGAGUCCGCCGAUGCGAUCGAUGGAGACUCCUGUGACAUUACUGGCCAACGUUCAAAUGACUGAGCGCCGUCUGUAUUCAAUUCUUCUUCAAUCGGACGGCCGAGUAUCUGUCAUUCCUAACUCAGCCUCAGCUGAUCAGCCAAAUCCUCUGGGACUGCUACCAGGCUACCGUGAGGUUAGCGGUCUAGGCCCCGUCGGUCCAAAGCAAUGCCCCUCUCACCUUGAUAUCCUUCUGAACUUGUUUGCCCUAUGUUAA